GUGUUCCUGCCUCUUGCCACAGAGAGAACAGUUCACUUAAAUGCAGCUGCAGUACUUCUGUGUGUUACCUGUCACAAUCAUUCCCAGUGCAAGGCUGGGUUUGUGACUAUGAUGGCAAGAUCGGUUUUUCUCCUUUUCUGUGGAUAUAUUGCACUAAACCUGGGAAAUGCUCAGAAACUGCCAAGAGUGAAAAGGCAGAGUCUAAAAGUUCAGAUCAAUGCAACAGAUGACACCAUUUGCAUGAGGUAUCUUCGAGCAAGUCAAAACACCAGACUAGAAGGUUUUGUCCUGGGUUAUGGAAGCAGUUUCUUUUCUAAUCAGUACAUUCCUUUACCUUCAGAAGGAAAAAACUACGUAACAGAACUUGAUGCUGAGCCACGCUAUUUGGUUUCAGUAAGACCAUCACGUGUUUCAAGUAACAAGAAAUCUUGUUCAGGUCGGACCAAGAAUCAAAAGCCUCUGCAGCUGGUAGUUGGCACUCUCACCCCAACCUCUGUGUUUCUCUCCUGGGGCAUCCUAGUCAACCCUCAGCGUGACUGGACAGCAACUACUAACUGUGCUAGUGACAGGUUCUAUACAGUUCGGUACAGAGAAAAGGGUAAAGACAAGAAAUGGGUUUUUCAGCUUUGCCCAGUUACAGAGACAGUGGUGGACAAUCUGAAGCCAAACACACUUUAUGAAUUUGGAGUUAAAGACAAUCUAGAAGAUAGUAUUUGGAGCAAGACUUCCAAUCAUAAGACAGUUCUGUCUAGCAAAAAGGUAAAUGGACAGCUCCAGAAUGUGUACAAGUUGGUACCUAAUUCCCAGACACAGCUUAAACUGCGUGAUAAUAAGAGGUUGGUCCCUGUCACAAUAAUCAAACAAGUUAUUCAAAACCGGACGCAGUCAAAGACUUCAGGUAAUUCUUCGCUCCCAGGAGCAAUAUUAGUGCAUCUCAUUGUUCCGGGUCUCAAUGAAACUCAGCAAAAACUUCCCCCUCUCCUGCCAAUAGAUGACAUACAUCAAGCAUCCACAAAAAAAAUGGCUAAGAAUGAAACUCGAGUGUGGCCUGCUGAAUCCAAAACACCAGCAGUUCAAGAAAUCUCUCCAGAGUCUCUCCCAGCUCAGGCUGAGAAAAAACAUGGACUUGAGGAAUUUAAAUCAACGCCUAAACCCAAAUUGGUGCAAACUCAAAACAUACUGGCUUCUAAUGAAAUACAGCCUCUUCCUUCUGGAUCCAGAAUCUCUGAUGCUCCAAAAAGUCCACUGACAGAGCUCGCUUUUGAGGAAACACAGCCUAUUUCUUCAGGAUCCAGAACAUCUUAUACCACAGAAGUGCAACCAACCAGAUCUGCUUCACGUGACUUUCUUCAUGUUACUUCUACUCCCCAAACUUUUACAGCUUCAGAAAUACGAGGCACUGGUAAAUUAUAAUAUACUGAGUUGGAAAUAUCCAUGCCCAAAAUUACUACAGAACCUCACUUAUUAGAAACAGCCUUAGUUACCCAGAGACCAAAGCUGAAAUCUACCUCUCUUUACCUUGCAAGUCAAAGAACAUUGGAGGCAACCCAGAGACCGGAGCUGAAAUCCACCUCGUCUGCUUCAUUGAAAACCACACGGACUGUGAAGGCUACUCGAAGACCCAGGCUGAAGUCCACCACUCCUUCCUCCUUGACAACGCAUCCAACUGUGAUGGGUUUACUUUCAGCUUUUGAUGAAAAGCAACCCAUUUCUUCAAGAGCUGAAACAUCUAGCAUCCAAGAAAUGCCACCAGUUGUACCUGCUCUUCCAAGACCAGUACUGGAGCCCACAUCUUUUUCUUCACUGGAAACCAGGAAGACAGUAAAGGUUACCCAGAGACCAAAGCUGAAAUCUACCUCUCUUUACCUUGCAAGUCAAAGAACAUUGGAGGCAACCCAGAGACCGGAGCUGAAAUCCACCUCGUCUGCUUCAUUGAAAACCACACGGACUGUGAAGGCUACUCGAAGACCCAGGCUGAAGUCCACCACUCCUUCCUCCUUGACAACGCAUCCAACUGUGAUGGUUACAAGUUCAGCUGACCUGGAAAAAUGUGUGUCUCCACUUUCCAGAACACCUCAUGUGCUAACAACAACUACGGCAACAAGUGAAUCCAUUCUGGAAUCUUUCACACCUAAAACUUCUCAUCCUUUUCAAUGGCCAAGGGUAACAUUAGCUCCAAAAGAAAUACCGCUUAUUCCUUCUAAACUGAAGCCAUCUGCUACCCCAGAAGUGCAGCAUGUGAAACCUGCCCCUAAACUGUCACUUUUGGAGCCUAAAGCUUCUCAGACUGUUGAAAAACCAAAAACAUCACUAGCUCCAAAAGAAGCAAAACUCAAACCGUCUGUAUCUAAAUGUAGACCAUCUGGCAGACCCAAGAAGCCACGAACUAAACCUGUCUUGGAACCUAUUACACUUAGAACUGAACCACCAAGGUCAACAAUAGCUCCAACGGAGAUUGAGCAUAUUCCUUCUAUACCUAAAACUUCACCCAAAACUCAUAUCCCACAAGCCGAAGAUGUCCUGAAAUCUGUAACACUUAGAACUGAUCAACUAAAACCAGCAAUAGUUCCAAAAGAAACACAGCAUUUUACCUCCAAACCUAAAACAUCACCAGGCUCAGAGGUGCCACAAACCAAAGCUGUUCUGGAACCAAUCACAUUUAGAACUGAGAAACCAAAGUCAACAGUAGCUCCUAAUGAUAUACAUCAUGGGACUUCUGAACCUAAAACAUCACCCAGUCCACGUGUUCCUCCAACUAGAGCAAGUCCAAAAGAAAAUCGGCGAGUCUCUUCCAAACCUAGAGCAUCACCAGGUCCAGGCAUAACAUACACAAAAACUGCUCGUCAAGAACCACAACAUACUCCCUUUAAACCUAAAGCAGAUCCCAUCCCAGAUGCUUCACACAGGAAGCCUGAAAUCAUUCCAGCCUUCCAUGAACCAGAUGCUACUGCGAUUCCUCACGUUUCUGAAAGAACAAAGGCAACAUUGGCUCCAACUGAAAAACAGUUCAUUCAUACCAAACCAAAAACAUCUGAAAAACCAAGAGUGCCACACACCAAACCUGCAGUACAUCAGGCAACUCCACAACCAAUUAUUACAAAAUCUACUACCAGCAACCAUUCAAGGGCAACAAUGGCUCCAAAAGAAACACUGCUCAUGCCAGAGGUACCACAGACUAAACCUGCUCCAAGAGCAACACACCUGGGAUCGAUUAACCUUGUAACAGUUCAUGUUGUUGAUGGGUCCAAAAUGACUUUGGCUCCCAGUGAAACAUACCAGAUUUCACCCAAGUCCAAAACUGCUUUAGCAACUGAAAUUCCACACUUCAGUACAGCACCCCAUAAAACACAUCUCACUUCUGCAAGACCAAAGCCAUCUGAUAAAUCACAGACCAGACCAGUUCUUAGCAGUAUCACACUAGCACCAGCUAGAACAAAAGCACCUGGACUGCCAAAGUGGAUUGUGCCAACAACAGAUGAUGCACAUACACAUGAGGAUACUGACAGACAAACUGGCAUUGAUAUACAAAAACCUUUGGAAUAUAUUGAUACCUGGGAAAAGGCAAUUUCUGUAACCAUGUCACCUGGCCCUCAGCAUCCUCCUAUGCCUCCUCCUGUCAAGCCUACACAAAUGCGAAGGAAACCUCUGCCUCCAAACACUGUGAUUGGUAAACCAGGGAUGCCAGCUAAACCCGCUGGACCAACAACACCUGUGAGGAUAGGAACGUCAUAUAAGAUACCAACAGCUUUUGCAACCCCAGACUAUUAUGUUGAUGCAACUGUCUUCAGCUCAAGUCCUACAUCAGAAACAGAUUCUUCAGGCAAACCAAGGUACCAAGCCCCCCAUGUCAAGUACAUGAAGAAAGAUGAUGAUGUGCCUUGCUCAAUCACAAGCUCUCUUGAACAUUUUCCACAAGAGGAAGCUAACAGCAAGGAAGAACCUACUCGUCCUCCGCAAAAUCCUCCAACAAACCUCACAGUGGUGACUGUUGAGGGCUGUCCAACUUUCGUCAUAUUGGACUGGGAGAAACCAGACAAUGACACUGUUACUGAGUAUGAGGUUGUGUCAACUGAAAAUGGAGUAACUGAUGGUGAAAAGGAGAAAUCGAUUAUCACUACAAAUCAAACUCAUUCUACUGUGGAAAACCUAAAACCUGACACAAGUUAUGAAUUCCACGUGAAACCUAGAAACCCUCUUGGUGAAGGUCCAAGUAGCAAUGUUGUGGCCUUCAGUACUGAAUCAGCGGACCCAAGAGUGAACGAGCCAAUUUCAAUGGGAAAGGAUGCUAUCUGGACUGAAAUCCCAUUCAAUUCAGACACCUAUUCAGAAUGCAAAGGGAAACAAUACGUAAAGAGGACUUGGUAUAAGAAGUUUGUAGGUGUGCAGCUGUGUAACUCUUUGAGAUACAAGAUAUACCUCAGUGAUUCACUUACGGGAAAAUUUUAUAACAUAGGAGACCAGCGGGGCCAUGGAGAAGAUCACUGUCAGUUUGUAGACUCAUUCUUAGAUGGAAGGACAGGACAGCAAGAAGAUCUGCCGGUCAAAGACGGAUUUUUCAGGGCCGUCCGUCAGGAACCUGUCAAAUUUGGAAAAAUUGGUGGAGAGACCGACAUUAACUAUGUUCGCUGGUAUGAGUGUGGAACAUCGAUUCCUGGGAAAUGGUAGAUGCUACGUGAACGUGGAAACAAGG